CACGUGACUCCCUUCAAGCUGUCCCCUCCUUCUUCCCCUCCCCAGGUCCCGGCGAACGCUGGGGUGGACCGGAGGCUCCCGGCCGGCGGACUAACUGGAUCUCCGACGCUACAGCCAUUUAGGCCGGUGCCCUUUCCCGCUCUGGCAAGGAAGAGAAAUGGAAGUGAAAAAGUUGGCCAUUUCCUGGCAGUUCUUGAUAGUUCUGGUUUUCAUCCUGCAAAUUCUGUCUGCGUUGGAUUUUGACCCGUACCGCGUCCUAGGGGUCAGCCGGACAGCCAGUCAGGCUGACAUUAAAAAGGCUUAUAAGAAGCUCGCCCGGGAAUGGCAUCCUGACAAAAACAAAAACCCCGGAGCCGAGGACAAGUUCAUUCAAAUUAGCAAGGCCUACGAGAUUCUUUCCAAUGAAGAAAAAAGAUCGAAUUAUGAUCACUACGGCGAUGCCGGCGAGAACCAGGGCUACCAGAAGCAGCAGCAGCAGCGGGAGUAUCGCUUCCGCCAUUUCCAUGAAAACUUUUAUUUUGAUGAGUCCUUCUUUCACUUCCCCUUUAAUUCUGAGCGGCGGGACUCGAUUGAUGAAAAAUAUUUAUUGCACUUCUCGCACUAUGUGAAUGAAGUGGUUCCGGACAGCUUCAAGAAACCCUACCUCAUUAAGAUCACCUCAGACUGGUGUUUUAGCUGCAUCCACAUCGAGCCUGUUUGGAAAGAAGUAGUUCAGGAACUGGAAGGACUGGGUGUGGGGAUUGGCGUGGUCCAUGCCGGGUACGAGAGGCGCCUGGCCCACCACCUGGGAGCACACAGCACGCCCUCCAUCCUAGGAAUCAUAAACGGGAAAAUCUCCUUCUUCCACAACGCAGUCGUCCGUGAGAACCUGCGACACUUUGUGGAGAGCCUUCUUCCAGGGAACUUGGUGGAGAAAGUUACAAAUAAAAAUUACGUCAGAUUUCUCUCUGGCUGGCAGCAGGAGAACAAACCGCACGUCCUUCUGUUCGACCAGACGCCCAUCGUGCCGCUGCUGUACAAGCUGACUGCUUUUGCAUACAAAGAUUACCUGUCAUUUGGCUACGUGUCUGUCGGUUUGAGGGGGACAGAAGAGAUGACGAGACAGUACAACGUCAACGUCUACACUCCCACCGUCCUGGUCUUUAAAGAAAACAUCGACAAACCCGCGGACGCGAUCCAGGCCCGAGCUUUGAAGAAACAGGUCAUUGAUGACUUCAUCGCCCAAAACAAGUACCUGUUAGCAGCCCGGCUCACCAGCCAGAAGCUGUUCCAUGAACUCUGCCCCGUGAAACGGUCCCACCGCCAGAGGAAGUACUGUGUGGUUUUACUGACGGCCGAGACCACCAAACUGAGUAAGCCCUUCGAGGCCUUCCUGUCCUUCGCCCUGGCAAACACGCAAGACACGGUGCGGUUCGUGCACGUCUACAGCAACCGGCAGCCAGAGUUUGCCGACACCCUCCUGCCGGACAGCGAGGCGUUCCGAGGAAAGUCGGCGGUGUCCAUCUUAGAAAGGCGCAACACAGCGGGCAGGGUGGUGUACAGGACCCUGGCGGAUCCCUGGACGGGGAGCGAGAGCGACAAGUUCACCCUGUUGGGACAUCUCGACCAGCUGCGGAAGGACCCAGCCCUUCUGUCUUCGGAAGCCGUGCUCCCCGACCUGAUGGACGAGCUUGCCCCUAUGCUUCUCCUUCGCUGGCUUUACUCCGCGUCGGACUACAUCUCGGACUGCUGGGACAGCAUAUUCCACAGCAACUGGCGGGAAAUGAUGCCCCUCCUGUCCCUGGUCUUCUCCGCCCUCUUCAUCCUCUUCGGCACCGUCAUCGUCCAGGCGUUCAGUGACUCAAACGACGAGCGCGAGUCAAGCCCUCCAGGGAAAGAGGAAGCCCAGGAGAAGGCCGGGAAGGCGGAGCCCAGCUUCACCAAAGAAAACAGCAGCAAGGUCCCUAAGAAAGGCUUCGUGGAGGUAACCGAGCUCACGGACGUCACGUACACCAGCAACUUGGUGCGCCUGAGGCCCGGCCACAUGAACGUGGUGCUCAUCCUGUCCAGCGCCACCAAGACCAGCCUGCUGCAGAAGUUCGCCGUGGAGGUGUACACGUUCACCGGGAGCAGCUGCCUGCACUUCUCCUUCCUGAGUCUAGACAAGCACAGAGAGUGGCUCGAGUACUUGCUCGAGUUUGCUCAGGACGCGGCCCCCAUCCCAAACCAGUACGACAAGCACUUCAUGGAGCGCGACUACACUGGUUACGUGCUGGCCCUGAACGGCCACAAGAAGUACUUCUGCCUCUUCAAGCCCCAAAAGACAGUCGAGGAGGAGGAAGCCAUGGGAGCGUGUGGUGACCUUGACUCCUCCCUCCACCUGGGGGAGCCUCGAGGGAAACCUCCCGGUGGCCUUGGGUCCCGGCCCAUCAAAGGGAAGUUGAGCAAGCUGUCCUUGUGGAUGGAGCGCCUGUUGGAAGGCUCCUUGCAGAGGUUCUAUAUCCCGUCUUGGCCUCAACUAGACUGAGAGCAUUUCCAAGAGACUCGAACUCUCCCGACUUUUUACAGGCCCCCCGUGAACAGGUAUUUUCAGCACUCAGACUCUCACAGCGGACAGAGCGUAGAUUUUAGAAUAUUCUUCUAGAACAGAGGAUAGAAGAAUCUUUCCUUUGUCCUGUUCUAACCUAGGAGUGAAAAUACCACACGUCGAAUUCCCUAGAUCAAAAUAUUUUCCUUUGGGUUUUUUUUUUCCCUCAUCUGAAUGAAUGCCGCACUAUUUAAAAACAGACUGCUCAUUCCCUCCUCCUCCACGGUCCCCGUCAGGCACGCCCAGCAGCCUCCCCUGUCGGGUCUCCGUGCUGCAGGAGGAGCACGGAUGCUCGCCGCCAGAGCCCACUGUGCAGGUUGCCGGGCGGGUCCUCCACCCGACUCUCCCGCCCCUCCUGGCCCCGCUGUGCUCCCGCCACGGUGCAUGCCGGGACGGCGGGACAACCCGCAGCAGCUUCGAGGCCCCGCAUCUUGAAAGAGGCCUAGAUCCAAGCAACCUUACCUUCAACGGGUUUUCCGGUAGUAAGUGGCUAACGUAUAUUUUGGGGGUAUCCCCCUUACAGCAGCUUGUCAGCCAUGGUUUUCAAAAUACAGGGCUGAGUGGGGGUUCCGCACGUGAGUUGCUUUUGUCCCCAAGGCAAGAGAAGGGAGGGCUGGGCGGUGACUGAAGGGACCCCUUUGUGAGCCUCCCGUCCGCCGCCUCCCCCAGCACUAAACGUAGCCCAGAGGGAUCCGCUCGGCAAGAAGUACUGUAAUGACUUGAGCCAUUAAUGUGUAUGAUUUCAGAUGCCUUUCUGCCUCUGUCAGUUGUAGGGUAUGGAUACUAGGAGCCAUAACUUGAGCCUUGCUCUCUGAACGUAGAGGUAAGCUGCUAUAAGCCAGUAGAUGCUCAGCUGAAGACACAUUGUUCCCACCCCCGCCGUGAGUGGUGUCUCUUUAGUAAAUACCAGACCUGUCUUCGUAUCAAGGAAGCUAACCGAUCUGCAUUGUGUGUUGAACGCUGUUGCCCCAGAAUGCUGUAUCUUCGAGUCUUUUUGUGACAGGUGAACCCGGAGUGUUCUAGACUCCUGUUUUGCAGAAGGCUCAUGGACUUCGAGCUUCUGGCCUAUAUUCUGAUGUCCCAUCUUCAUCGUUUUCACUGCUCACUUAGAACUGCUUCCCCAGUAACAGGGUGAAGAGACCUGGCGUCAGCUCGCUGAGCCACAGGGUCGCACGGCUCCAAGCUGGGUCGCUCCAGCUGGUUGGAGAGCUUGCCUUGUCUUUGAGGAUGCCCGUGGGGUUGGGGCGUCCUCCGAGCGUGAGCUGUUCCCCUGUCAGAGCGGACUGCCCUCUCAAGGCAGUUCGUAAAGUCAAGGGCCGGAAUCACCGAUGGGACAAAACAAGUUUGUAUUUUCUCUAAUCAUAACUGCUUUAAAUUAAUCCAUUUGAAUUCUGAAUGGCUCAAUUAUUGAGCUACAGGGACAAGUAGUAAGUUAUUUGAGCCCAGGAAUUUCUGUCAUUUUCAUGGAAUCUAUAGCUUUAUGGAAAAAUAAAUAAAUCACUGCCAGGCUUCAUUUUUCCACGUGAUCCUCUAAAACGGAUGCUCCCUCUGAUUGCCCUGUCUCCUGGCACCUGCCCCAGGUAGACAUGAUCAUGGAAUUCAUUUGGCUCCUGGACGCACCCGUCCUCAGAAUUAUUUUCUAGGUCUUGUGUGCCCACGUUGCUUAAAUGAGUAGGUUUUGGUUUGAUGAUAGGUUUUUAUUUUUAAUGUCUGGUACUAAUGGGACUCCUGACCAUCAUUUGUGAAAAACCAAAACGUCCCCAGAUUUGUUCAUUUAAAAAAAAUAGUUAUCAUUAAAAUGAAAAUCACCUUCAGACAGCUGUACCUCCCAUUUGUACUAAGAAAGGGAGGUGAUAAUAGACUGAACACACACGCCUGGCGAAUACUUCCGUCCAAAAAUCCUUCCUCAGGUCUCUUUGCCCGCAGAAGCAUCUGCCAAGAGGACUGGGGAGCGCUCGUUUUAAAAUGAACUUCACCCUUGACCACCCAAGCCUUUUCUCCUGAACGUUGCGUCCAUUCACUUGUUUACUCUGGUGUCAAAUGUACGAGCCGUUGUCACGCUCAGACAAGGCCUCCGUUUCUCCUUCCGACGUCUGUGACCACACAGACCCCAUUUGGGUUUUAAGUUCCUAGUCUUCAAACACGCACCUUAAAAAGACAGCGUUGAUGGUGUUAGAGGUAGGUUUUUUGGGUUGAUAGAGAGACUAUGCAUCAUGUUUAGCAAGCAGAUGGGGUUGAAAACUGGCCUUAAAAGUCUUUGUAGAUCACACGCCCACUUGAAAAGGAUGUUCUCACUGCCAAGGUGUCGGUGGCGCAGUCUGUCUAAGGUAUAGGUGAGGCCAGCACCCCCAGCCAAGCCGCUUCCGUGAGCGAGGCUGCCCUGGUUCCACGGGGCACCACGGUCUUGCCGCCGGUACCUGGCCACGAAAACUUGGUUGUGGUUUUCAAGUCAUAGGGUGAUUUCCUCCUCAUUCAGUACGUAAAUGUUUUCCCGAUAUAAAGAGAAACGGGAUCUGAAUGUCUUGAGUGCUUUGCUUUGUUUGGGAAAUGGGAUUAGAAGCAAACACUCGAACUUUUUUUUUAAGGAAAAUUCUUUAAAAGAUCAUACAGAACAUUUUAUCAAAUGAAAUGUUGCUCACGUCCAGAUACCUGCCAUUGUCCCUUGAAAGCGCACAGGGUGGCAGCUGCCGACUCUCUCUGUUCAGUUUGUCAAGGAGAAUAAUUAUCCUCUCGAGACAGAUCCGAAAAGAAGGGGAAUAUUUUGCACUUUUGAUACUCUUAGGAACAAAUAACUUAUUUGGCAAACGGUGUCUUUUUUAUGUUGUCUUUGUUUUGUAUUGUGAACAGGCACUAAAGCUGAUGUUAUUUUUGUUUUAAGAAUAUUGCCGACCGGAAACAGAAAUAAACUAUUUUAACGU